AUGUCUCUAAACACAAGCGUGACCACUUUUUCGGAUGCCGACAUACCACUAGCAAGGAAGGCGGCCGAGGCCUGGUCUUCUGUAUCAGUAACGGAAAGAAAACACAACGAGUUGCUAGCUGAACAAGAAAAGCUGGAACACGCCCGGAACCAUCCUCUCUAUAUCUAUUGCCCAGGGAACAGGGCUGGAUCCAGGGGUUCUAAAUGUACUCGUUCCGGGAGUGUCAGAAAAAUAUCGACUCAGGUCUUUAAACGGAGGAAGGCUCCCAAGGGAAGCAACGGAACGAAAGUAGAAGAGGGACCCUGCAGCUUUCGGGAUCCGGAUAUUUCAUUCAGCACCAGUUUAGCCUUCGGAAGGUCGUCCUCUACGCCUGCUCGCUACGAAAAGCACACUCUCAAAGGUAGCCAUAGCCCUAUGUGGGGUCGGGAUACGUCAAUCGAGAGUCCUGGGUUAGAGCAAAGCUCACCGUCGACGUACCCUCUGACUGAAUCGCCUGACGCCUCCAUGAGCACUCUGAAAUUCCGCUUAAAACCCUAUGACAUUAACCUUGUACUCAUACAGUUUCUUCCCCAGUGUAUUCCCAGCCCCCCUGUUUUGGAAGGGAAAGGGACUACCGCUUCCACCUUGAACGGUUUCUCGACGAACUGGGAUUUCCCGCCUCCGUCAACGCCUGCCAUUCCUUCCCAGUCAUCCCAGCCUUCGCUGGCAGCUAUGCCAGAGUUGCAGCUUCUUGGCGACCUAUACCCGUUGCAGCAUUAUGCCGCCAAACCCUGGAGGGGCUCCCACUACCUGGAACAAAUAGUCUGCGGAUAUACCCUCCAUGACUUGUCAUAUGGCAUCGCUCAAGAUGCAUUGAUGAUUGAAGAUCUAACAUUCAAACUGUCGAAUGCGGAGGAACAACAUAUGCCUGAAAGGCUUGACAAUUUCAAUUUCUAG